AUGGGAUCACACAAGAGGGCCGAAGAGAAAACGCCAUCAGAACUUCAACAAGUCGUCCGCUUUGUCUAUGCUCAUGGCGAUUCAUACUUUUUUGAUGGCCUGCGGAAGGAUUUGAGCCAAUGGAAAGAUCCCGGAGGAAUGCUUAACAAUAAUCCUGAUGCAUCGAUUCCGGAAAAUGGGCAGCAUUCUGAUGAUCAGUCGAAAUGCAAGUCGAUCGUGUUUCAUAACAGGAUGGAAGUCUCUCAUGUUUUCCCGCCUCCAACAACCCGACGAAUCCCCACCCACGGGAUAACGAACUUUAUGCUUCAGCAAGGUUGCCAUAUGUUGGAGCUGGCUUGCUCCUUUCUCAUGAUCCUAAUCCUCCGUAUCGAAUCGGCUGCUGUCAGAGCCCAUUGGAUCAUACAGAACGCCACCAUCAUUCUCGCAACCGACUUGUUAAAACUGCCUGAAAUCAUCCAACUUCCGCCAAAUGACACCAGAGGACAUGACUUGGGUUCCAGUAGAGAGCCCCUGGGCAUCGUUCAGGCCGAUUUUGGCAGCCAACGCAGGAGAAAUUACAAAAUAAGCAUCAAGCAGUUGUUCUGUGCAUAG